GAUGUUACAAGUUGGAGUCCACAAGCUUAGUCAAAGUACUAGAGCAGCCACAACUUACUGACACAUACCCACUAGCUACCUAUUCAGUGGAAGGCAAUCGCAUGGUAUCUCUAAAACACCACAUCUGCUUGUCAAACUAGUUGUACUUGGCACAUGGUUAUGAAUAUGUCUGCCCCAACUCAACUACGUGUUAUCAUUGAGGAGACCCAAGUCCACAAGUUAACCCUACCAGAUGGAAUCCCCAGCACUAUUGACGAAUUUUUGGCAGCCAUACAGAUUCAUUUUCAACUCCAAGGGAGUUUUACUGUUAUGUACAUGGACAAAGAUUUUGAUGAUCAGUUCUUCACUCUUACGUCAACAGACGUCAUUAAGAACAAAGACACAAUCAAACUUGUUAGAAAUGAACCUUCUUCCGUUAUUCUCACAUUGACUCCCAUCAAUGAGGAUGCUGCUUUCUCUCCUUCACUGCCACUUGGUCUGCCAUUCCAGGAAGACGGUUCCUCGGUUAGUUCAUCCGACACCAUUGGUUUACCAAGGUUCCCAGAGUUUCGAUCUGAACGGUGGCCAACUAUCUUUGAGAUACCCACCUUUUCAUAUAAUGUUGAACUGCCCCUUCAAGCAGGAAAUAAGGCCUAUGAAAUUGAUGGCUCACUCCUUCAUAAUCCAAGCAUGAACUCUGACAUACUUGAGAAACUUGCUGAAGCAAUAUUCCACUACACUGCCUAUCCCUCUAGCCUUCAAAUACUGGCAGUUGUAGAAACUCUGCUAAAAAAGCAUCCAUGCCUAAAAGAGCCUGCAACCUCACAUUCAGGCAUGCACGGUUGGCAGCAGCGUCUUAGAUUCAAGAUGGCUAAUUACCGUUCCAAAAUGAGAAGGCGUGAAGUUCCUUGUCCUGAGCUUGAUAUCAACUCCUUGAAAAGGAAACCUCAUGGUGAGAGAAAUCCUGCAAAAAAUUGCAAGCGACCAAAGAGAGCAGAGGUCAACUACCUUCCUCCACAUCCAAGUGGAGAAACUAGCGACACUCUGGAGUUAGAGAGACAAGAGCUUCUUAACGAGGUAAAGAAGAAGAACAACAACAAGGUGAUUCAAGAAAAAAUGGCCAAAACAUUCUCCUAUCGAAGGCUCGAAGUUGUGAGUGGUAGUCCUGCCGCUGAAGACUUCAGAGAGAGAUGGCCUGCUUUGUUUUGUGAAGCUGAGAUCAAGGAGGAAUUCAGGAGAAUAACUACAGUUUCAUUGGAGCAGAGCUUUAUGUACAAGCUUGACCACUAUACAACAAAACUUAUUGCCCUGAUGAUGGCCAAGGGAGGUGUCAUCAGGACCAAGCUGAGGCCGUUUAUGGACAGACUGAGCCAGUACCAAAGCAUUGAGAUGAGACGUGAAACUGUCAUCCGCAGCCUUAUCCUGUACCUCGGUGAGAAGGAAGAAGAGCUAUUUGAAGAUUGCCAGGAGGACAUUCGUAGUGAUGCCGCUGAACAUAUCCUUAGGAUACUGGUCAUCCAUGGUGCUGAUCAAGAGGAUCCAGUUGAUGUGUCCAUCAUUUUGGAGGGCAAGGAGAUGUUUCCAGGAUGCGGCAGUACUGCUAAAGCUUGCACACUGCUGAUGGGGCUUAUUUAUGCCCUCAACCUGGCAUACCCCCCAACACUGCGCUACACCUUUGAGGUGUUCCAGAAACUUUUCCUGGACCUGGAUGGUGUUAAAAUGUCCCCAAAAGUGCAAUCUUUGAAGUUGAAGUUGCUCUCCUGAAAGCGCACGUGCUGUACAAUCGAGGCUGUUGGUAGACUCCAAUUUACAUCUCCAUCUCAAAAACGUUUACAAAAUUUUGACUACUUUCUACUUUUUACUUCUUGAAAUGUUUUAAUGUGUUACGGUUUUAAGAGCAUAAAGAGCACUUAGUGUUGGUUUGAAUGCUGUUAUUGCAUUAAGUGAAUUGUUAGAUUUUAAUUGGGUAUUUGGGAAAAUAUAAUCCCAGAUAUGUGUUGGAUGUAAUAAAAUGAAUUUUCCUUUCCAUUAGGGUAAAUUGUUAAUUGUUGAAACAGUUAUUAUAAAUGAUCAGAGAGGUUACUGAACGUACUGUACCUUAACUUCUUAUCAGUUGAUGUGAAUAUGUGAAUGUUUACAUAAUAAACUGUACAACUUUAUUGUA